GGGAUUGGAACUUCCGCCAUGAGACGAAGCAUGUCCCAUUGUACGAGCUUUUCUCAAAGAGUGCCGCGAUUGUUGCGGUGCCGGCUGUUAAAUGCGUGAUUUCUUCAAAGUAGUUUCAUCUGGUGUAGUCGAUUGACGCCUUUCAGUUUAGAAUCGUGUGAGAUUAUUGUCAUAUGUGAAUCUUGCCGAAAAGUAGCGUGUUGUUACCGGGGCGAACAGCGGCGGUCUCACCAGAGGAAUUUGUUCGUUAGCGGCAGCUGAGCCACCUUGCGGUCCUGCUAACAUUGUAGGUAGCUAACGUUAGCAGGAGCUUUCUUUAUAGUCCGACUCUGACGGAGAUCUGCAGGAAUAUGUCUUUGACCAGAGGCUGUCGCCCUUCGAAGUAAGUCGCCAUAGUCAGGAUAAAACCCCAGGGGCUGUUAGCUUGCGAACCAAACCACUUAGCCGAGCUAGCUAGCUGUCGCUACCGGAUUGUCUUUCACAAAAGGGGCAACGCGUGAACAAGGGACUUGGUCGCCAACCUAACGCUGACCUAUAACAGAUUUCGCUUGGGCUUUCGCCCAUAGAGCAUUAUAACCGUACAGGAUGAAUGGAUUCAGCACAGAGGAAGACAGCCAUGAUGGACCGCCUGCUCCGCCGUUUUAUGGACAGAGCUGCUGCCUAAUUGAGGACGGGGAGCGCUGCGGCCGGUCGGCUGGAAACGCCUCCUUCAGUAAGAGGAUCCAGAAGAGCAUAUCGCAGAAAAAGCUGAAACUGGACAUUGACAAGAGUGUGCGACACCUCUACAUCUGCGAUUUUCAUAAGAACUUCAUUCAGAGCGUGCGCAACAAGAGGAAGAGAAAGACCAGUGACGAUGGAGGGGAAUCCCCGGAUCAUGAUGUGGAAGUGCCUGAGGUCGACCUUUUCCAGCUGCAGGUGAACACGCUGAGACGCUACAAACGACACUACAAGCUGCAGACCAGACCUGGCCUCAACAAGGCCCAGCUGGCAGAGACGGUGAGUCGUCACUUCAGGAAUAUCCCGGUCAACGAGAAGGAGACACUGACCUACUUUAUUUACAUGGUGAAGAGCAGCAAGAGCCGCUUGGACCAGAAAGGGGACGGUGGGAAACCGCUGGACUAAGCUUCCCGACAACAACGGCAACCCCAGCAGUAGCAGCAGCGGCGGCUAUUCACAAGAGUUGGACACCACUAACAACAGCAACAGCAAAAAAAAAAAAAAAACAGCUCCUCCUACAACCCUGUCACCGUCCCACUCCUCUGUAAGACCAGAACGUGAAGUCUCAUUGUCCUCAAAUGACAUUUAACAGAAAUGGAGGAGAAGUCAGGGUGGGAUGAGUUUGCUUUUGCUCAUUUCGCCCUUUUCUCAUAAAUACAGUCCGUGCACAUGUGGUCACAAUGGUCGAUCCUCCUCCAAAGGUUUUUCCUCGUUCCUCCACAAAAGCCAGGUCCCUAAAGACUGUGCAGGACCAGGACUCCCCCUGCCGGGUUUUACGUCGUCAUGCUGUAAUGUAACUUGUCAAUUAUGUACAAAAGAACCGCGUCCAAUCUCAAGUAACCUGGUUGAAUGCAAUGUACAAUAUAGCUGCCUUAAGAGUAAAAAGCAAAAUGCAUUUUGGUAA